UUCUUCUUCCAACGGAAAGAGACAUACUGAUAACUAUUGAAAGCACAUUGAAACGAGUAAAAUUAUUUUCAGAUAUCGUUCGAUCUCUCCGUUUAAUUUUCUUCGAAUUUCCGAGAAAAACUCGAGGGACUAUUUGGUGAUAGCGUAGAGUGUAAAAGUAUCCGUAGUGCGCAGACGAUCUGACGCACGGUGAUUGUUGUGACAGAAGUAUAGAAGAGGUAUUGUGUCGCCGUCUUUCCAGUUCGGAAUCAGCAAAAUCCGUGUGAAAUCGAUAGACAAAACAUCCACCCAGAUCAGUAGCGGAACACGAUCUCAUUAAAUUGCACUAUUCGUGCAAUUACGAGAAGGAAAAAAUGAAGUUUCGUUACAAGGAGGAACACCCUUUUGAAAAGAGGAAGGCUGAGGGCGAAAAAAUUCGACGGAAAUAUCCCGACAGGGUUCCCGUCAUCGUUGAGAAAGCACCAAAAGCUAAAAUUAGCGAUUUGGACAAGCAAAAGUACCUAGUACCAUCUGAUUUGACUGUGGGUCAAUUUUACUUUUUAAUCCGUAAACGAAUUCAUCUUCGUCCCGAAGAUGCUUUAUUCUUCUUUGUUAACAACAUCAUUCCCCCGACAAGCGCCACUAUGGGUUCCCUCUAUGCGGAACACCACGAGGAAGACUUCUUUCUGUACAUGGCAUACAGCGACGAGAAUGUAUAUGGACACUAAUUCACAAAACAGAAGACAUUAAAAUAAAAAAUUGGACAACAAAAAUUUGCCAUCUACAACGUAGUCCUUUUAGAUGCUUUUGGAAGUAUUAACAAAAUUAUAUCUUUCAAUCUUUUGAGUGAAACAUUAAAUCCUAGCACCGCACACUAAACUAAGUUUGCUUCCUUAAGAUAAAUUGGACAUGUUCGUCUGCCAACUAUGCGAACGUUGUAUUUUUUUCUUUUUUUCUCUCUCUUUUUUUUGCCUUUAAUUCCAUCACUCACCGCCGAUCGAGGAAGCCUAGGGUAAUAGGACGUAAGAAGGAUUAAUCAGAGCUAUGUAAUGUGAUCUUGUAUCAUAUCUAGCCUGAUACUAUAAAUUUGAAAAACUGUUUCAACAAAAAUAUUCUUUACAUUACAAAACGAUAACUAACUUUACUAUUGCUAAAAAAAUAUAUUUACGUACAUUAAUAGAAUUAUCUUGCGAUAAAUUCGUGAUUCUACGUAGACGUUUCAUGUGAUAUCGUUUACUUUUAUUUAGGCUAGUAUUGUAUUAUAUUCACAUGAUUUGAUAUUAUUCAGUCACAAAGAAAUGGAAAGAAUUUGCUGAAUAUGUGGUGAGGUGAAAAUUUUUUGUAACGGCUGGAUGUGGGCCAAUAAAAAAAUUAUAAAAACAAA